AUGGCCUCAGUUGGUAACGCCGCCGAGCUCCUGGAGGACCGCGGCGGAGGCGGCAGCGGCAGCGGCAGCGGCAGCGGGGCCCUUGGCUGGUCGGUCGGUGGCGGGAGGCGUAGACGCGUCGGGGGGCUGCGCCGCGCCACCACCGCCGCCGCCACCGUGCCGGACCCGGACUAUCUGCACCGGCCCAGCUACUGCGACGCUGCCUUCGCUCUGGAGCAGAUUUCCAAGGGGAAGGCUACCGGCCGGAAAGCGCCGCUUUGGCUGAGAGCGAAGUUUCAGAGACUCUUGUUUAAACUGGGGUGUUACAUUCAAAAGAACUGCGGCAAGUUUUUGGUCGUGGGCCUCCUCAUAUUCGGGGCCUUCGCGGUGGGAUUAAAGGCAGCUAAUCUCGAGACCAACGUGGAGGAACUCUGGGUGGAAGUUGGCGGCCGAGUAAGUCGUGAAUUAAAUUAUACCCGCCAGAAGAUUGGGGAAGAGGCCAUGUUCAACCCUCAACUCAUGAUCCAGACGCCGAAAGAAGAAGGCGCUGAUGUCCUGACCACAGAGGCGCUCCUUCAACACCUGGACUCGGCACUGCAGGCCAGCCGAGUCCACGUGUACAUGUACAACAGGCAGUGGAAGCUGGAGCAUCUGUGUUACAAAUCAGGGGAACUUAUCACAGAAACGGGUUACAUGGACCAGAUCAUAGAGUACCUUUACCCAUGCCUCAUUAUCACACCGUUGGAUUGCUUCUGGGAAGGUGCGAAGCUCCAGUCCGGGACGGCGUACCUCCUAGGUAAACCUCCCCUGCGGUGGACAAAUUUUGACCCCUUGGAGUUCCUGGACGAGUUAAAGAAAAUCAACUACCAAGUGGACAGCUGGGAGGAGAUGCUGAACAAGGCUGAUGUCGGCCAUGGCUACAUGGACCGGCCCUGCCUCAAUCCAGGAGACCCAGACUGCCCGGCCACAGCCCCCAACAAAAACUCCACCAAACCUCUUGACAUGGCCCUCGUGUUGAACGGUGGGUGUCACGGAUUAUCCAGGAAGUACAUGCACUGGCAGGAAGAGUUGAUUGUGGGUGGUACUGUCCGCAACAGCAGCGGGAACCUCGUCAGCGCCCACGCACUGCAGACCAUGUUCCAGUUGAUGACGCCCAAACAGAUGUAUGAGCACUUCAAGGGUUAUGAGUACGUGUCUCACAUCAACUGGAACGAGGACAAGGCUGCGGCCAUCCUGGAGGCUUGGCAGAGGACGUAUGUGGAGGUGGUCCACCAGAGUGUGUCCGCCAACUCCACGCAGAAGGUACUGUCCUUCACCACCACCACCUUGGAAGAUAUCCUCAAGUCCUUCUCGGAUGUCAGCGUCAUCCGCGUGGCCAGCGGCUACCUGCUCAUGCUUGCCUAUGCCUGUCUAACCAUGCUACGCUGGGACUGCUCCAAGUCCCAGGGUGCCGUGGGGCUGGCUGGCGUCCUAUUGGUGGCCCUGUCGGUGGCUGCAGGAUUGGGUCUGUGCUCAUUGAUGGGGAUUUCCUUUAACGCUGCGACAACUCAGGUGCUGCCAUUCCUCGCCCUUGGUGUCGGCGUGGAUGACGUCUUCCUCCUGGCCCAUGCAUUCAGUGAAACGGGUCAGAACAAGAGGAUCCCUUUUGAGGACAGAACCGGGGAGUGCCUCAAGCGCACAGGCGCCAGCGUGGCACUCACAUCCAUCAGCAACGUCACUGCCUUCUUCAUGGCUGCGCUGAUCCCAAUUCCUGCCCUGCGAGCCUUCUCUCUGCAGGCUGCGGUGGUCGUGGUGUUCAACUUCGCCAUGGUCCUGCUGAUCUUCCCUGCUAUUCUCAGCAUGGACCUGUAUCGGCGGGAGGACAGGAGGUUGGACAUCUUCUGCUGUUUCACCAGCCCUUGCGUCAGCAGGGUGAUCCAGGUGGAGCCCCAGGCCUAUACGGAAGCCCACGACAGCCCGCGCUACAGCCCCCCACCCCCCUAUAGCAGCCACAGCUUCGCCCACGAGACGCAGAUCACCAUGCAGUCCACGGUACAGCUGCGCACGGAGUAUGACCCGCACACGCACGCGUACUACACCACGGCCGAGCCACGCUCUGAGAUCUCCGUGCAGCCAGUCACCGUGACACAGGACAACCUGAGCUGUCAGAGCCCUGAGAGCACCAGCUCUACCCGGGACCUGCUCUCCCAGUUCUCCGAUUCCAGCCUCCACUGCCUCGAGCCCCCCUGCACCAAAUGGACGCUCUCAUCUUUCGCCGAGAAGCACUAUGCGCCCUUCCUCCUAAAGCCCAGAGCCAAGGUCGUGGUGAUCUUCCUCUUCCUGGGCCUCCUGGGGGUCAGCCUGUACGGGACCACCCGAGUAAGGGACGGGCUGGACCUGACAGACAUCGUCCCUCGGGAAACAAGAGAGUAUGACUUCAUCGCUGCGCAGUUCAAAUACUUUUCUUUCUACAACAUGUAUGUAGUCACGCAGAAGGCGGACUACCCGAACAUCCAGCACUUACUUUACGACCUGCACAGGAGCUUCAGCAACGUGAAGUAUGUCAUGCUGGAAGAAAAUCAACAGCUUCCCAAAAUGUGGCUGCACUAUUUCAGAGACUGGCUCCAAGGGCUCCAGGAUGCGUUCGACAAUGACUGGGAGACGGGCAGGAUCAUGCCCAACAAUUACAAAAACGGAUCAGAUGAUGGGGUUCUGGCCUACAAACUCCUCGUGCAAACCGGCAGUCGAGACAAACCCAUUGACAUCAGCCAGCUGACAAAACAGCGCCUGGUGGAUGCCAAUGGCAUCAUCAACCCCAGUGCCUUCUACAUCUACCUGACGGCCUGGGUCAGCAACGACCCCGUGGCUUACGCCGCCUCCCAGGCCAACAUCCGGCCCCACCGCCCCGAGUGGGUACACGACAAGGCCGACUACAUGCCCGAGACGAGGCUGAGAAUCCCCGCUGCAGAGCCCAUAGAGUAUGCUCAGUUCCCCUUCUACCUCAACGGCCUGCGGGACACCUCUGACUUCGUGGAAGCCAUUGAGAAAGUACGGAGCAUCUGCAGCAACUUCAGCAGCCUGGGGCUGUCGAGUUACCCCAACGGCUACCCCUUCCUCUUCUGGGAGCAGUACAUCGGCCUCCGGCACUGGCUGCUGCUGUCCGUUAGCGUGGUGUUGGCCUGUACGUUCCUGGUGUGCGCCGUCUUCCUGCUGAACCCCUGGACCGCCGGCAUCAUUGUGAUGGUCCUGGCUUUGAUGACCAUCGAGCUGUUUGGUAUGAUGGGCCUCAUUGGAAUCAAGCUGAGCGCAGUGCCUGUGGUCAUCCUGAUCGCGUCUGUGGGCAUAGGAGUGGAGUUCACUGUCCACGUUGCUCUGGCCUUCCUGACCGCCAUCGGUGAUAAGAACCGACGGGCCGUGCUUGCCCUGGAGCACAUGUUCGCGCCUGUCAUGGAUGGCGCCGUGUCCACUCUGCUGGGAGUGCUGAUGCUGGCAGGAUCUGAGUUUGAUUUCAUUGUCAGGUAUUUCUUCGCUGUGCUGGCCAUUCUAACAAUCCUGGGCGUCCUCAAUGGACUGGUGUUGCUCCCAGUCCUCCUGUCUUUCUUUGGGCCGUAUCCUGAGGUAUCUCCAGCCAACGGUCUCAGCCGGCUGCCCACCCCAUCACCUGAGCCACCCCCGGGCAUGGUCCGCUUCUCCAUGCCCCAUGGCCACAUGAACAGUGGCUCCGAUUCCUCUGACUCCGAGUACAGCUCGCAGACCACGGUAUCAGGCCUCAGCGAAGAACUCCAGCAUUAUGAGACAGAGCGGAGUCCCAGGGGCCCUGCCCACCAGAUGAUGGUAGAAGCCACAGAGAACCCCGUCUUUGCCCGCUCCUCUGUGGUUCAUCCCGAAUCCCGGCAUCACCUGCCCUCCAACGCUCGCCAGCAGCCGCUACUGGACUCAGGGCCCCUGUCCCCUGGACGGCAGAGCCAGCAGCCCCGCAGGGACCUCCCCAGAGAAGGCUUGCGGCCGCCCCCCUACCGACCACGUAGAGACGCUUUUGAAAUCUCUACUGAAGGCCACUCUGGCCCCAGCCACAGGGACCGCGGGCCACGCAUGCACAACACCCGGAAUCCGGCAUCGUCCAGCGCCUCCUCCACAGCCACCCCGGGCAGCGCGUUGCCCGGCUACUGCCAGCCCAUCACCACCGUGACAGCCUCUGCUUCGGUGACCGUAGCCGUGCACCCCCCGCCAGUUCCUGGCCCCCUUGGGCCUGGACGGAAUCCGCGUGGAGGCCUCUGCCCCGGCUACGAGGGCUACCCAGAGACUGAACCCGGGCUGUUUGAGGACCCCCAUGUCCCGUUCCAUGUGCGCUGUGAGACAAGAGACUCCAAGGUGGAGAUUAUAGAGCUGCAGGACCUGGCGUGUGAGCAGCGCGCCCGGAGAGGCAGCUCGGCCUGAGGUGCGUCUGUCGGGAGUGGGCGACUGGGGACCACCUGCAGCAUCAGUGCUCCACGCAUCUGACCCUGCAACGUGUGCAAGCUGC